CGCUUUAACAUACGUAGCCUUCAUCUCUAUCUUGCUGUGUUAGCUUAGCCCUGUACAGCUAAUAGAUCCAGCGCCGCGUUCCCUUCAAAAGCUUAGCCGCCUUUAAAUCCUGGAAAAAUGGCUUCAGUCGGUAAAUGGGAGGUGGUGAAGAAGAACAAGAAGCACAACAACAGCGGAGCGGGAAAGAAUCAGCCUGACAAGAAAUCGGGUGGGAGGAAAGCGCUCGGCGAGGCUAAUAUGCCGAGGAUCGACCCGGCGCCUCCACUGAAGAUGUCUGAAACCAUCUACGAGGGUUUCGAGAAGAUGGGGGGGAAGAAGAAGAACAAGGAGCAGGUCCCUCCAGCGCCAUCCCCCGAGCAGCAGCAGAAGAAGCAGGGUGCCGGGAAGCCCUCAAAGAAGUCUCACACAAAUGGGUCCAUGCAGAAGCCAGAGCACUUUAAGUCCCUUGAGGAAGCUCUGAAAGCAUUUGACGUUCCGGAGCUCCAACGGCAGCUGGAGAAGAGUGAGACUCUCUUUCCUGAAAACCCCUCUGUCUGGGUGAAGGACCUGGCUGGAUACCUCAACUACAAACUGCAGGCUCCCGAGGUGGAGCCCACUCUGAGUAACCACUCUUAUGAUUACCCAUACUGCCUGGUUUCCAAGGAGCUGAGGGGUGUGAUUAAGAGGCUACUGGGACGCUGUUCUGAUUCGCUGCAGGAUUUCUUCGAUCACUGCAUUUACACGAUGCUGCGAGAGUUGGACAAACCAUCAGGUGAACCCCUGCAUGGUUACAGGAUCUGCAUUCAAGCCAUAAUGAUGGACAAACCCAAAAUAGCCACGAUGAACCUGGCAGAUCACUUGGAGCUGCUCAGGUCUCAGCAGAACCGACCCAUGAAGUGCCUGACCAUCAUGUGGGCCCUGGGCCAGGCGGGUUUCACGGACCUCGGCCAGGGACUCAGGGUGUGGCUGGGCGUCAUGCUGCCGGUCCUGGGCGUGAAGGCCCUGUCGUCCUACGCCAUCGCGUAUCUGGAAAGGCUCCUCAUGUUACAUGCCAACUUGAGCAAAGGCUUCGGGAUCCUGGGACCAAAGGAGUUCUUUCCUCUGCUAGAUUUUGCAUUCAUGCCCAAAAACGCACUGUCUCCCAACUUGCAGGAGCAGUUGCGUCGCCUCUAUCCCCGACUCAAAGUAUUAGCGUUCGGGGCCAAACCAGAAAACACACUGCACACGUACUUCCCCUCAUUCCUGUCCAGAGCCACGCCGCACUGCCCCGAUGACAUGAAAAGAGAGCUCCUCAGCAGCAUGACAGAGUGCUUAUCCCUGGACCCGCAGAGCUUGGCCGUGUGGAGGCAGCUAUACCCGAAACACCUGCCGCAGUCGAGCCUGCUGUUAAACAAUUUAUUUCAGUCGUGGGGCAGUUUAUCACAAAAUCUUCGCAGACGCUUGCAGGAAACGGUUCACUCCUUCAAGGUGACCAAUGAGGAGAUGAGGAACUGUGGGCGCUCCCAGGAGGUUACGGAGUGUAACACCCUAUGCAGUGGCCUGCAGCAGAAGAUGCGAGGCCGGCACUUCCCCUGGUGGCGACUGAUUCUCGCCGUCCUGGUUUUCACGACGGGCUUCAUGGUCCAUGACAUCAGGUCACAUGGGUCGUUUAAAGCAUCUACCACGGCAAGAUACCUGCAGAGCUCGGGGGUGUCGCCACUCUGUCAUCAGGCAUGGACCCGCACGUCUCAUUCCCUGCAGACGGGCUUCAGUUGGAUCGAGACAAACGCACCGUUUUACUAUUCGGAGGCCGUUACUGCUGUGGGACCCAUCUUGCAUGUGGCCUGGGAGAAGUCCAGGACCGCCAUCGUCUUCGUCACAGAGUUCUGUUCAGACUUGGUCCUGUGGGUCAGGGAGAAUAGCCCGCACUUUGUUGAAUGGCUCAAUGCCAACAUCCCAGAAGGUGUUUUCCAGUUUAUUGAGUAUCUGAAGGAACUUCUGCUCUUUGUCCAUGUGAACUACAUCCUUCCAGCCAUGAUGCAUCUCAAAGCAGCACUCGAACAUUGCUGGCAGAAGUUUGUAGACUCUUGCAAUGGUGAAGCAUCAUUACAGUGCGUUCAAAAUCAUGUGAUAAACUUCACCAACUCCACCUGGACUUACUUGCAAGAUACUGCGUUUGCGAUUAAAAAUCGGGCUGUCGAACUCAUGUCCAGAUUAUAAUAAGCGUACAGGACCAACUUCUGAGGCUGCAUUUCCACGGAGCGAAACCACCUGGUCUUUUUAGCAAUGCUCAAGUAAGGACUUUCUGGGAUACCAGAGCAGAGUUUUUUUUUUGUUUUUUUUUGGUCAAUUGCAUGUAAUUUUAUCACUUAUUUUCUAUGUGCUGUCAUCACUUUUGGGUGCACAGUUUUUUUUUUUUGUUUUUUUUAUAGGUAUUCAGGUUUCCUACUCAGUGUUAUUAAACUGCCAAAUGGGAACCAGCUGGACCCAUCAUACCAGUGUCCUGUGGUAAACUUCAAACAGACACUUCAAGGUUAAUUGUUGACUUGACUUGUGACUAUGAAGGAAAUUAUUUCAUGAUCAAUUUUUUUCUGAAGCUGGUUACUAAGGUUAAACUAAAUUUUAAUGUUUUUUGCCCAACAAUUUAAAGCACUGGAUUAUAGAUCACUACUGCUGCUGCGUGAUAUAUUGUAUAAAUCGGACAUUGUUUCCUGUCAUGGAGCAUCGAGAAAUGAUUUCCUACCUCUGUGCAGUAUAAUUGGUUUAGGUUUGCAUCCCCGGUCCUUGCGUAGAGCACUUUGAGCAUCCUUUAGAGCAACAGCAAUGUCACAUAGAUCCCAGUCUCACUCACAGAGGGUUUAACUGGACAAAUGAACGAUGACAGGGCUUUGAGGCAGAUCCCUAAAAUCCCAGCUUUGAUGAAAGGCCACGUAUCGUCUGAUGGCAGGAGGUAAAUGUUUCUAUCUGGGGAAAUUCUCUUAAGAUGAAAUCAUUUGAAUUUGUAUAUGUGAAAUGUUUAUAAAUAAAGACUUUUCAGCCCUUCUACUGCUAA